GGCAAACUGACAAGCAGGGAGUAAGAAAGCCUACGACUCAGCGGCAAGAAGACCCUCAUUUUGCAGUUUAUUCAAAUAGACUAUCUGCAGUGGACAAAACAAGAAAAGAAAGACAACAAGUCUUCCCCGCAAGGAUAAAAUUAUCCAAAAAAAAAAGGAAAGAAAGAAGAAUCAAGGUCACAGGGUUCAGAGGAGACCACGCGCUGAGAAGAAAGUCCUGCUUUAACGAUGUCUUCGUUUGAGUCCCAGGGCCAGUCUCCUCCUCGGUGUGGCCCACAGUUCCCCACCCUCGCCCAGGAACCCCCUGAACUCAGCAUGUACAGUGACUGUUACUACCCUCCACCAUCACUGCCAAGUCCUCAGCGUACCACGCCAACGUCCUAUGACCUGAGCGACUACACCACCUCCUCUCCAAACCCUUACCUGUGGUUCAAUGGCUCUGGGAUCAACACACCUCCGUACCUGGCCACCACCGGUCCCCCAGGGAACCCAGGCCCUCCCUUUGUCCCUCAGCACUACGGAAUGCAGAGACCUUACCUGGGUCCCAGCGGAGCAGGGGGUCCAGGGGGUGAACUGAGCUGGUUCUCUCUCCCUUCACAAGAAGACUUAAUGAAACUAGUCAGGCCCCCCUACUCCUACUCAGCUCUGAUUGCCAUGGCUAUCCACGGAGCACCUGACAGGAGACUGACAUUGAGUCAAAUCUACCAGUAUGUGGCUGACAACUUUCCUUUCUACAACAAAAGUAAAGCAGGCUGGCAGAAUUCUAUUAGACACAACCUGUCACUCAAUGACUGCUUCAAAAAAGUGCCAAGAGAUGAGGACGAUCCAGGCAAGGGAAACUACUGGACUCUUGACCCAAACUGUGAAAAGAUGUUUGACAACGGAAACUUCCGCCGCAAAAGAAAAAGGAAGUCCGAUUCUCUUCCGGGUGGCGAUGGUGGUCCCGUGGCCCCCGAGUCAGGUGACAGCGAGAGGGGCAGCCCAAAGCACUCUGGUAACUCUGGUCUUAACAUCUCCCCCACACCAGACCGGAUUCCUUCCCCUUCAUCAUCAGGUCCUGCACCUUGUCUGAGCAGUUUCCUAUCUGAGAUGUCUGGAGUGACGUCCACCGCAGCCAGUGAAGUGGGAGGUGAUGGGUUAAGUCGACCGUUACAGAUCAGUCUUCCUAUAGAUGGGCCUCACAGGCCCCCUCAGCCACCAAGCUUUAGUAGCUUCUCCCCCAACUCUGGUGGUCCAGAGUGGGUUCCACAAGUACCAGCUCCUCCUGUGUUAUCUUCCUCUCCCACCCACUCCUCUCUGGGGUAUUCCAGCCCAAUCCUCAGCCAGUAUAGUGGGUCCAGUGGGCAUUUCUACCCUGGACUGAGCUCAUCUGGAAUCAUCUACCAUCGUGAGGGCACAGAAGUUUAAUAGACAUUAAUGUGCGGUUUGAAGAGACUCUUGACAUCCCUUUUGUGUUAUGAAGAUGGUGUUGUUGCUGUGAAAGGCUGCUUUGUUUAGAAGUACACACAAAACCCACUAAGGAUGUUUGCGCUGACUGAGACAGUUAGAAUCACUAUACCGUGUGACAGCAGAGUAACAGGUCCUUGAUUCCCACAGAAACAGCCGAGUCAGCCGAGCAGCACUAAGAGUGUCACUACCUGAAACCAUUAUCAGAUCCUCAGUCAGCUUUUAUUUCCAACUAAACCUGGUCUCUAUCAGAUCUGACUCAUUAUUAACCGAUCCUUGAUCUGAUGUGCUGACAUAAGUUCAUUCCUAUCUGUGAUUCUUUGAUGGUAUCACCCAUAUAAUGCUCAAACGGCACAUUUAGAAGACCAGGUCAAUUACACAAUUGUCAUUUUACUGCCCUUAGAAAAUUAACAAAGUACACAGAGGGUAAAAUUUAUGAUUUUUGGAGUGCUGAACUGUACUGCUAUAUCAAGUCUCAUUCAUAGAGUCUAAUACACAAAAAGGUGAUUGUAGUCUAUAAAUAUUUGUAUGUGUUGUGUAAUGUUAUACAUUUUUAUUGUUGCUUUAUUGGUUUAACUGUUCUUGUAUAAAGUGAAUCCAUAAUGUAUGCUAUACACGUGUUUUGAUAUGAAUAAAAGGUUUUAGUU